UUAUUUUGUAAUUGUUUGCGGAAAUAACUAUAGUUAAGUGAUAAUUCAAGGUAAUUAGAGAUGAAUAGAGUUGUUGGUGAAAAUUGUAGAGUAUUAAUGAAUGAGUAAUUAGGGAGGGUUGAAGUAUUUGAAGUUGAGGUUAAGUGACAUUUGUAAACUUGACUCACGCGCAUCGUGUAAAAAAACAGCGUUGGAGAGCCUACAUUUAGUUUUGAUAUUUAAUACUGAUAUUAUUUAUUAUUAAUAAGAUUUUUUAGGUAAUAGUACGACGUAUGUACAGUCAUGGCAGGUAAAAGGAACGCAACUAGUGAAUUGAACCACGACAAUUGGAAUAAUGAGGAAGAACCAGAAGAUGCGGGAACAUUCACAGCCGCAUCACCGGAGGAGUUACAGAAGAGAGUUGUUAAAACUGCUAAGCGGAGAAUAGUUCCUGGAUCAGAAGCUCCUCCAACAAAGAACGCAUUCGGUAGUUUCUCCGGCUUCAAAGUAUCCUCAGCAGCGCCGACAUCAGCAUUUAGUUUCCUGAGCAAAUCAAGCACGACGACCGCCAGCUUACCAACUUCCACGGCGACAAAAACUACCAGCAUUUUCUCAAAAAUAACCCCAACCACCAACGGUACAAAAGCCACGGACAACGGCCUCUCUUCAUCAUCCAGCACUAAGCUUAACGACUCUUCAAAGCCAACCACCACGACCACCCCCACCACCACCACCAGCAGCAUCAUCGCCAAGUCUACCAAUAAAGUCGAGGAAGCUGCAAACAAAAACAAGGAGAUAUUCGCGAUGUCGUCCGAGUACUACGCGAAGCUAAAGGACCUGAACCAAAGCGUGAGCCAGUGGAUAAAAACCCACGUCGAUUCGAACGCGUUUUGCAUCCUGUCUCCAAUUUUCCGCGACUACGAAAAUCAUCUCAAGAUAAUCCAGAUCCAGUACGGCAAGUCUUGCGAAAAAGAAAAGUCUAGCCAAGAAGAAGAAAAGAAGAAGAGUCCAAGUGGGAUUUUCACAUCUGGUCAAUCCACAGCGUCAACUUCAGCCCCGGUAUCUUCAUCAGCAUCAACUUCUGUUGAACUUCCGUCGAGUGACAAGCCACCAGCUUCUAUCUUUAGGUCAACGCAAUCCAAAAGUAUCUUCAGCGGAAUUUCCAGCGCGACAUCUUCAGCUAAAGAAUUGUCAAGCAAUAAAGAAGCAGACUCUGAUAAAAAUAAAAAUGCUAGUUCAAUUGAAAAAAAAUCUCUGACAUUCCCACAGACAACUUCGCUGUUCAGCUUCGGAAGUUCUAAUUCAGGAUCUCCAGCAAGCUUCACUUUCGGAUCAGCGAAGCCUCAUAGCUUCAAUAUCGGCAAGUGCGUUCCCGAGGAGAGCAGGGAUGAAGACAAAGACGAUGAAGAUGAACCGCCGAAGGUUGAAAUUAAGCCUGUUACCGAAGAAGGAGCCAUUUAUGAAAAAAGGUGCAAAGUUUAUCUGAAAAAUAAAGAAACUGGCGCGUUUAGCGACCGCGGAAUUGGAGUUCUUUUCCUUAAGCCCACGCCGAAUGAAAAAACACAGCUGAUUGUACGCGCUGAGACCACUCUUGGGAACUUGCUGCUAAACACCUUGCUGACUAAAGCUGUUCCCACUAAGAAAAUUAAUAAAAACACAGUGAUGCUGAUGUGCUUGCCCCUUGCUGACUCCAAACCUCCUCCAGUUCCGGUUUACCUCAGGGUUAAGACUUCCGAGGACGCUGAUGCUCUUCUGGAGGCUUUAGAGAGUAAUAAAAAAUAGGUUUUGUAUUAUGUAAUUACAAUGGCUGCGUUCAGGUUUACUAAGUUCUGAGGAGGGCUGACUUUAUCUACCAAAAAAAUUAAUUUUAAACACACUUAAAUAAAUAUACCUUGAAUUGUUUUAUUAUAGAUUUAA